AUGACGCAGCAGCUUUUUGCGGUAGCACGUCAUAUUUACCUAAUCGAUCCAGAAACGGGUGCAUUCAAAGAAUAUAAUGCUGAAGACUGGUCUUCAACAAUCUCUGGUGCACUUAUUCCCUCAACUCAUAAAAUUUACGUUACCACCACAUUCAACAAUCUUUGGGAAAUUUCUUUAGCUAACAAUAAUGUUCGAAAAAUAAGUUGGGAUAGUUGGAGUUCUUGUAAUACUUUAGUUGCAGUUCCAGAUGAUUCAAGCGAAUGUAGUUUCAAAUUAUUCGCAUUUUGCCAUAAGCUUUGGUUGAUUGACGACCCUAAUACUGGACAUUGUACUGAUUUUUUGGGUGGAUAUACUGAUAUUUGGGCCAGAGUUAAUGCUGCAGCUGCUGUAGGACAAAAAAUUUUUGCUACAACGUCAGCUAAUAAUUUGUGGUGCGUUGAUACUAUUACUAAGGAAGCAAAGCAAUUGGGCAGUGGGGCUUUGGCCUAUACUGGUGGUAAAUUAUUGGCAUUCUGUUAUGGAUUAUGGGAAAUUAAUACGAAUAAUGGUGAUUAUACACCAUUUUUCGAUAAGGAUUCGGAGGAGGCCAAAAGAUCUUGGCUAGGGGUAAAAGCGGUUACUGUUAUUGAUACCUGUGUUUAUGUUGUGGCAGGGGAUCAACUGCUGGCAUUGGACACGAUUA